CCAGUGACAGAGCAGCACCGUCACUGAAGCCUCGGCUUGCAAUGCGGCGAACACAACUGUUGUGUCCAAACACCUGCUGCCCCAGAAUUCGGCAAUUCAUUGUCUGGAAUCAUAGAAGCGAGAACGCCCAGUGACUAUCUGCCGCCUGACAAUCUCUGGCGUUCAACAACCUAACAGCGAGUCAGCUGAUCAUGACGUAACAACGCCAUCCCAUUCGUCCGCUUCGCUAGUCAAAGUCUUCCGCGAUUUUAGCUGGCUGCUUGCCGGUGACGUCAGUCGUGGAGCGGCGGAAGAUGGCGGAUAGCAUUCCAUUGCAACCGGUACAGAAACGAGCGGCCUAUUAUACUGCAGACAGGAGCAAGAGGAGGUAUCAGUUAGAAGAUGAAGCAUCUCCUUUAGAUGAAAUGCCACUUAUGAUGUCGGAAGAAGGUUUUGAAAAUGAUGAAAGUGACUACCAAACCCUGCCGAGAGCCAGAAUUACUCGGAGAAAAAAAGGGUUAGAAUGGUUUCUCUGUGGAGGGUGGAAGUUUCUCUGCACCAGCUGCUGUGAGUGGCUAAUAAAUGUGUGCAGAAGAAAAAAGCAGCUGAAAGCUCGCACUGUAUGGCUCGGAUGUCCAGAGAAAUGUGAAGAAAAAUACCCUAGGAAUGCAAUAAAAAAUCAGAAGUACAACAUCUUUACAUUCAUACCUGGGGUUUUGUUUCAACAAUUCAAAUUCUUCUUAAAUUUGUAUUUUCUGGUGGUUGCUUGUUCCCAGUUUGUACCAGAAUUAAAAAUAGGCUACUUGUACACCUAUUGGGCCCCUUUGGGGUUUGUUUUGGCUGUCACAAUGGUGAGGGAAGCAGUCGAUGAAUAUCGAAGAUUCAAGAGAGACAAAGAAAUGAACUCCCAAUUAUAUAGCAAGCUUACAAUUCGAGGUAAAGUGCAAGUGAAAAGUUCAGAUAUACAAGUUGGUGACCUUAUUAUAGUGGAAAAGAAUCAACGAAUCCCAGCUGACAUGGUCUUUCUGAGAACCUCAGAGAAAACUGGUUCAUGCUUUAUUCGGACUGACCAGUUAGAUGGUGAAACAGAUUGGAAACUCAAGAUUGCUGUGAGCUGUACCCAGAGAUUGCCAGCAUUGGGGGAUCUCUUUUCAAUCAAUGCUUAUGUUUAUGCUCAAAAGCCACAACUUGAUAUUCACAGUUUUGAAGGUAACUUUACACGGGAGGAUACUGAUCCCUCUAUACAUGAAAGUCUUAGUAUUGACAAUACUCUGUGGGCCAGCACUGUGGUUGCAUCAGGUACAGUCAUUGGUGUGGUCAUUUAUACUGGAAAGGAGACCAGAAGUGUGAUGAAUACUUCAAAUCCUAAAAACAAGGUGGGUAUGCUGGACCUUGAGCUGAAUCAGCUGACCAAAGCUCUCUUCCUGGCCCUUGUUGCACUUUCAGUGGUGAUGGUAACCUUGCAAGGAUUUGUUGGGCCUUGGUAUCGUUACUUGUUUCGGUUCCUCCUGCUUUUUUCCUACAUCAUUCCAAUAAGCUUGCGUGUGAACCUCGAUAUGGGUAAAGCUGCUUAUGGAUGGAUGAUCAUGAGAGAUGACAACAUUCCAGGAACUGUAGUUAGAACUAGCACAAUUCCUGAAGAACUUGGACGUUUAGUUUAUUUACUCACAGAUAAAACAGGAACUCUGACCCAAAAUGAAAUGGUCUUUAAACGCCUUCACCUUGGUACCGUGUCCUAUGGCACAGAUACAAUGGAUGAAAUCCAGAAUCAUAUCACAAGUUCCUACUCACUGGUGCAGUCAUCCCAAAGCUGUAACAACAAUACCAGUGCAACACCUUCUAGAAAAGGCCAGUCUUCAGCACCUAAAGUACGCAAGACCGUAAUCAGCAGAGUCCAUGAGGCCGUAAAGGCAAUAGCUUUGUGCCAUAAUGUAACCCCGGUGUAUGAAUCACGUGUUGGAGUAAAUGGGGAAACAGAGUAUUCUGAAGCAGAUCAGGAUUUCUGUGAUGAAAAUCGAACUUACCAAGCAUCCAGUCCUGAUGAGGUAGCUCUGGUACAAUGGACAGAGAGUGUUGGUCUGACCCUAGUCAAUAGAGAUUUGACCUCAAUGCAACUUAAGACCCCUGGAGGACAGAUAUUAACAUUCUUCAUUCUGCAAAUCUUUCCAUUCACAUCAGAAAGUAAAAGAAUGGGGAUCAUAGUGAGAGAAGAAUCUUCAGGAGAUAUAACAUUCUAUAUGAAAGGGGCUGAUGUUGCCAUGGCUACCAUAGUACAGUAUAAUGACUGGCUGGAUGAGGAGUGUGGAAACAUGGCAAGAGAAGGACUCCGGACCUUGGUUGUUGCAAAAAAAUCAUUAUCAGAAGAACAGUAUCAAGAUUUUGAGAAUCGAUACAACCAGGCAAAGCUAAGCAUGCAUGACAGAACGUUAAAAGUGGCGGCAGUGGUGGAGAGCCUGGAGAGAGAGAUGGAAUUGCUUUGCUUAACUGGUGUUGAGGACCAACUGCAAACAGAUGUACGGCCAACACUGGAAAUGCUUAGAAAUGCUGGAAUAAAGAUUUGGAUGCUAACCGGAGAUAAACUAGAGACUGCAACAUGUAUAGCAAAAAGUUCCCACCUAGUAUCAAGAAAUCAAGAUGUUCAUAUAUUCAGACCAGUGAGUAAUCGAAGUGAGGCUCACUUGGAACUGAAUGCUUUCAGGAGAAAACAUGACUGUACCUUGGUAAUAGCUGGUGAUUCCCUAGAGGUGUGUUUGAAGUACUAUGAACAUGAAUUUGUUGAACUUGCCUGCCAGUGCCCUGCUGUCGUGUGCUGCAGAUGUUCCCCAACACAGAAAGCUCAUAUUGUGAAGCUUCUACAGCAGCAUACAGGAAGGCGCACGUGUGCUAUAGGUGAUGGAGGUAAUGAUGUCAGCAUGAUUCAAGCAGCUGACUGCGGCGUUGGCAUUGAGGGAAAGGAAGGGAAGCAAGCCUCCCUCGCGGCUGAUUUCUCUAUUACCCAGUUCAAACACAUUGGCAGAUUACUAAUGGUUCACGGUCGGAACAGUUACAAGAGGUCAGCGGCGCUGGGUCAGUUUGUCAUCCACAGAGGCCUUGUCAUUUCAACUAUGCAGGCUGUUUUCUCUUCAGUCUUCUAUUUCGCAUCUGUUCCUUUGUACCAGGGAUUCCUAAUGGUAGGGUAUGCGACCAUCUUCACAAUGUUUCCAGUGUUCUCUUUGGUGUUGGACCAAGAUGUCAAGCCAGAGACUGCAUUACUAUAUCCAGAGCUAUAUAAAGAUCUCACAAAGGGAAGAUCCUUGUCUUUUAAAACCUUCCUCGUCUGGGUUUUGAUCAGCAUUUACCAAGGCGGUAUCUUAAUGUUUGGAGCAUUGGUGCUGUUUGAGUCGGAGUUUGUUCAUGUGGUGGCCAUUUCUUUUACUGCCUUGAUUCUGACAGAACUGUUGAUGGUGGCUCUGACCAUUAGGACAUGGCAUUGGCUUAUGGUGGUCGCUGAACUGUUCAGCCUUGCCAGCUAUGUGGCUUCUCUGGCUUUCCUUAAUGAAUAUUUUGGUCUUGGUAGAGUGUCAUUGGGAGCUUUCUUAGAUGCUGCCUUUAUUACAACUCUAACUUUCCUGUGGAAAGUGUCGGCAAUCACUGUAGUGAGUUGUCUUCCACUCUACAUCCUCAAGUACUUGAAGCGCAAAUUCUCUCCUCCCAGUUACUCCAAACUCACCUCCUAGAAGUCCCGCAAGCUCUGGAUCUGCCCAAAAUGCCCCUCCAGCGGGGCAAUAGAGUCACAGUGAUGCUUCUAAAAGGGAACAUCCACAAUGAGGAACUUGAGCACAACCGAGAGGCAAUCGCUAUGUGAUAAACAGGAGACUUUAUAACUGAUACUAGUCAGUAAGAACAGAAGCAAAAUGGCUGCCACAUUGUCCCUUGUUGUUGAUUUUAACCAACGCCUAAACUCAGCAUGGACCACUCGCAUUAACCAUAACCUGCUUCCUCUACUCAAACUCCAUUCCUUGCUAAUGUACCUAAAAUGCCAACUAUUUUAUGAGCAACUGAUUUUUUCAUAUGCUGCUAAAUUCCAUAACAUCAGCCAGUUAUAAAUAUGCACUAGAUUUAAUAAGUAUCAUUGUUUAUAUAGCAGAGCAGGAGCUACUGUCGUCUUCUUUUUACUUUCCCAUGCACAAAAUGCCUAACAACAGACUGAAAUAUCCCAGGCGAUGGCAACUGCUCCCCAAUUCCAAAGCUGGAUAGAAUAACGCUGCGCUUGUACAGGUGCUGGAACAUUAAGGGGGUUAUUUAUCAAAAUCUGAAUUCAUCUCCUUUUUUUCUGAAAUAUAGUCCGACCAAAUCCACACGGGUUACCUUAUUUAUCAAUACAUUAUCCUGUGCGGGGAAAAAAACGUAUGAAAAAUCAAAUCAAUUUGUUAGAAUUAUGAAAUCUUCGGAUUUUUGCAGCAAACCCAGCACAGAUAAGGAUAUCUUCAGGACUUCUUCCAUUGCCUUAUAUAAAACCUUGGUGGGUCUGAGAGGCCGGAUUUUCAGAUUCAGACUUUUUCCAUCCUCGGGGUAUAAAAAAAUCCAAGCCACUAAAAAUUCUGAUUUUAUAGUGAGAAAAAUGUGAAUUUUUUGAGUUGUGUGCAUUCAGGCUUUAAUAAAUAACCCCCUUAGCUUUCAGUGUAAGUGCACAGACAAAUGUAUACAUUCCCUACAAAUCAAACACUGGAUUUUAUUGGUCCCUGGGGCUCAUUUAUCAACACUGGGUAAAUUUGCCCAUGGGCAGUUACCUAUAGCAACCAAUCAGUGAUUGACUUUUUGAAGCCAGCGGCAAGUAGAAAAAUGACUGCAGCCAUUUGAUUAGGGUUACUGCCCACGGGCAAAUUUGCCCAGUGUUGAUAAAUGACCCCAUUGUCUUCAGUUGCCUUGUUCAAUACAUAUUUUGGUUACUCAGGUAAAUGAUAACGUGUUGAUGGGAGAUGAAUCCUUUAUCUUCCAUUGUGCAACGACUACUCUUACAAGGUAUAGACUACACUUCUUUCUAUAGGAGACUGACAGCAGGGUAUAAUAACCACAGAAAACCAUGGCACUUCCAUGCGCUGGGGGAUCUCAGAAGUGAUGAACAGAACAUAUUUCAUUAAGUACGGCUUAUGUGUGUAUAAAUAUAUAAACCGGUAUGGGAUCUGUUAUCUGGAACGCUUAGGGGGUCUUUAUAUCUACACAAUUAGGAUUGAUUUGCCACCAAUGGGGAUUCCUGCAGCUUCGUUAAUAUUAAACACAAGCUCUAUGGGCAAUGACAUUCCAGUAUUUAGCAGCUUUAUAAAUAAUUAGCUUCCAGAUAACAGAGCCCAUACCUGUGUGUGUAUAUAAAUAUAAAUAUAUAUAUAGGGACACACUAUACAAGGUUGCCUAUUUAGCACUGUAGCCAGGGCAGUGCUCUAUUCUUUGCCAGCAUCUAUUUAACUACUUGACUUGAGAGAAAACAUUUUGGUUCAACCUGUGUGAUGGGAUUUUAAUCACUUUUAUGUAAAUAUGCAGAUUUGAGCAUUUUUUUGCUUCUCGGUUUGGGACGUACUUCCAUUUGUUUUUGUUCAAUAGGCUUUUAUUUAAGAUAAUGUAUAUCUUUGUUACAAAAAGCAAUAAAGUCUAAUUUCUACCA